CAUCUACUGCUGCUUAUACUCGCUCGCGGAAGAGACAGAAAAGCUAGGGUUUCUAAUUUUAUUAUAGAGAUCUUUCUAUCUGCCUUCUCUGAACUACUGGAAUUAUAAUUUUCUUAAUCAAUGGCAUGCGUAUACAUUCCCGUACAAAACUCCGAAGAGGAGGUUAGGGUUGCUCUCGACCAGCUACCGAGGGACGCUUCCGACAUUCUUGACAUCCUCAAGGCCGAACAAGCUCCGCUCGACCUCUGGCUCAUUAUUGCGAGGGAGUACUUCAAACAGGGGAAAACUGAACAAUUCAAACAAAUUUUGGAAGAAGGGUCUAGUCCUGAAAUUGAUGACUAUUAUGCUGAUGUAAGAUAUGAAAGGAUUGCCAUCCUAAAUGCUUUAGGCGCCUAUUAUAGUUAUCUUGGUAAAAUUGAGACAAAACAAAGAGAGAAGGAGGAUCAUUUUAUUUUAGCAACACAAUACUACAACAAAGCUUCAAGAAUUGAUAUGCAUGAACCUUCUACUUGGGUUGGAAAAGGUCAGCUUUUACUGGCUAAGGGAGAUAUAGAGCAAGCCUCUGCUGCAUUUAAGAUUGUUCUGGAUGGAGACCAUGAUAAUGUUCCUGCUCUUCUUGGUCAGGCUUGUGUUCAGUUUAAUCGUGGUCGUUUCUCUGAUUCAUUGGAUUUGUAUAAGAGGGCCUUGCAAGUGUAUCCUCAUUGUCCUGCAGCUGUAAGGCUUGGUAUAGGCCUUUGUCGCUACAAAUUGGGUCAGUUUGAAAAAGCUCGACAGGCCUUUCAGCGGGUAUUGCAGUUAGAUCUGGAAAAUGUUGAGGCUCUUGUGGCACUUGGAAUCAUGGACUUGCACACAAAUGAAGCUGAUGGAAUUCAAAAGGCCAUGGAAAACAUGCAAAAGGCUUUUGAGAUAUACCCCUACUGUGCAGUGGCAUUGAAUUAUUUAGCGAAUCACUUUUUCUUCACUGGUCAACAUUUUCUGGUUGAGCAACUUACUGAGACUGCACUUGCUGUUACCAACCAUGGCCCAAUGAAGGCACAUUCAUACUACAAUUUAGCACGAUCUUACCAUAGCAAGGGGGAUUAUGAAAAAGCUGGACUGUACUACAUGGCAUCUGUCAAGGAAAUCAAUAAACCUCAUGAAUUUGUAUUGCCCUACUAUGGUCUGGGACAAGUCCAACUUAAGUUGGGAGACUUUAAAAGUUCUCUUUCUAACUUUGAGAAGGUCUUGGAGGUUUACCCAGAAAAUUGUGAAAGCUUGAAAGCUGUUGGGCACAUUUAUGUUCAGCUUGGCCAGACUGAGAGAGCCUUGGAGAUUCUUAGGAAAGCAGCAAGAAUCGAUCCACGUGAUGCACAGGCAUUUCUGGAGCUUGGUGAAUUGUUAAUUUCAUCUGAUGCAGGAGCUGCACUUGAUGCCUUUCGUACUGCACGUGGUCUUCUAAAAAAGGGAGGUGAAGAGGUACCAAUUGAUCUGCUCAACAAUAUUGGAGUCCUUCAUUUUGAACGGGGGGAGUUUGAGUUGGCUGAGCAGACCUUCAAGGAGGCACUAGGUGAUGGCAUUUGGCUUGCUAUCUUGGAUGGUAAAAUACAUAAUUCUACUGUAGACUCAGGUGCUGCUACCUGCCAAUGCAAGGAUAUGCAAUUAUUUCAACAACUUGAUGAAGAUGGCACUUCUGUGGAACUACCUUGGGAUAAAGUCACGGCAGUAUUUAACCUUGCCAGAUUGUUGGAGCAAAAUUAUGACACUGAAAAAGCAAGUCUUCUAUACCGACUGAUCUUGUAUAAGUAUCCGGACUAUGUAGAUGCUUAUCUGAGACUCGCUGCUGUAGCAAAAGCAAGGAAUAACAUUCAGCUAAGCAUAGAGCUGAUUGGGGAUGCUCUUAAGGUCGAUGACAAGUGUCCAAAUGCAUUGUCUAUGCUUGGAAACUUGGAGCUUAAGAGUGAUGACUGGGUGAAAGCAAAAGAUACCUUCCGUGCUGCAAGAGAUGCAACUGAUGGGAAGGAUUCUUAUGCUACUCUUUCCCUGGGGAAUUGGAAUUACUUUGCAGCUGUUCGUUCUGAGAAGAGAGGUCCCAAACUUGAAGCAACUCAUUUGGAAAAGGCUAAGGAACUAUAUACCAAAGUUCUGGUUCAACGUCCUGCAAAUCUAUAUGCUGCAAAUGGUGCAGGAGUGGUUUUGGCAGAGAAAGGCCACUUUGAUGUUUCAAAAGAUAUUUUUACACAGGUUCAAGAAGCUGCAAGUGGAAGCAUUUUUGUCCAGAUGCCGGAUGUGUGGAUAAAUUUAGCACAUGUUUAUUUUGCUCAAGGGCAUUUUUCUUUGGCUGUGAAAAUGUAUCAAAAUUGCUUGCGGAAGUUCUUCUAUAAUACAGAUACUCAAGUUCUUCUUUAUCUAGCUCGCACCCAUUAUGAGGCUGAGCAAUGGCAAGAUUGCAAGAGAACAUUACUAAGGGCCAUACAUUUGGCACCAUCAAAUUACACAUUACGAUUUGAUGCAGGUGUUGCGAUGCAAAAAUUCUCAGCAUCUACAUUACAGAAGACAAAGAGAACAGCAGACGAGGUACGUGCAACUGUCGCGGAGUUAAAGAAUGCUGUUAGAAUAUUUAGUCAGUUGUCUGCAGCGUCCAGCCAAAACUUCCAUGGGUUUGAUGAGAGAAAAAUUGAGACCCAUGUUGGGUACUGUAAGCACUUACUUGAUGCUGCAAAGGUUCACUGUGAAGCAGCGGAACGUGAAGAGCAGCAAAACCGGCAGAGACUAGAAGUUGCACGUCAGGUUUCCUUGGCUGAGGAAGCCCGUCGUAAGGCUGAAGAGCAGAGAAAAUUCCAGUUGGAGAGAAGAAAACAAGAAGAUGAGCUAAAGCAAGUGAUGCAACAAGAGGAGCAUUUUGAACGUAUAAAGGAACAAUGGAAGAGUAGUACGCCUGCCUCUAAGCGUAAAGACAGGCCACAGGCUGAAGAUGAAGAUGGUGGACAUAGUGAAAAGAAGAGGAGGAGAAGUGGGAAGAAGAGAAAGAAUGACAAGGGCUCAAAGUCACGAUAUGACAUGGAUGAAUCUGAAGCUGAAAUGAUGGAUGAUCAUGAAGAAAUGGAGCAUGAAGAUGCAACCAUCAUGAACGAUCAGGAAGUUGAAACGAACGAGAUGAAUGACCACGACGAUAUUGGGGCAGACAAUCCUCAGGAUCUUCUUGUAGCAGCUGGGCUUGAAGAUUCUGAUGCUGAGGAUGAGGCUGAACCAUCGUCCACCAUUAACCGGCGGAAAUGGGCAUGGUCAGAAUCUGAUGAGGAUGAGCCAGCAGAGAGACAGCCAGAGUCCAGUCCAAAUAGAGAGAAUUCCACUGAGUUGCCCGAAAGUGAUGGAGAAAUCAGAGAAAGUAACAAGCCUAAUAGAGAAGCUGCUGGUGAUGAUGAUGAAGAAGAUGACUGAGGUUGAAUGCUGAGUCCUACAGCCAUGUCAAAUACGCUCUUCAUGUUCCUCCAAGGUCUGUAAGAGAUUAAAUUUUGGUUAGGGGGUUGUCAUUCAGUGGGGGUUACUCUUAUGCAGAUACCUCAUUCGAUGUCAUUGAAUUUGCCUUUCCAGUACUAGGCAGGUAGUGGGUUUCUGCAGAUUCCCUACAUGUGAGGUUCGUCAUUGAAUAGAGAAGAAAAUUGUUGUCUGGACUGGGGGUUGUGCCCACAUUGUAUCUAUUUUACAUCGAUUGCAGUUGUAUUUUGAGAAUUCUUGCAAUCAAUUUAUCUAUUUCUAGAAUAUUAUAAUA